AUGUCCCCGACCCCCACCCUGGCUGUGGACCGGCUGGUCCGGGAGAUCCAGCAGCAGCAUACCGCGCAGCAGCCCGCCGCCGACGUGCAGCAGAACAUUGUGCCGCUGCCUGCCCUGGCGCGCAAGGCGCUGGAGAAGGAGGUGGUGAAGCCAGAGGGGACGGGCGAGGAGAUCCUGCUGCAGGGCUUCAACUGGGACAGCUGGAAGCAGCCGGGCGGCUGGUACAACCAUGUGCGGUCACGGGCCGAGGAGUUUGGGCAGCUGGGCUUCACCGCGGUCUGGCUGCCGCCGCCCACACAAUCUGUCAGCAAGCAGGGCUACAUGCCUGGCGACUUGUACAACCUCGACUCCGAGUACGGGAAGGAGGCAGACCUCAUCAACUGCAUCCGUACGCUGCAGGGCGCGGGGCUCAAGGUCAUCGGCGACACGGUGCUCAACCACCGCUGCGCCCAGCACCAGGACGAGCACGGCGUGUGGAACAAGUAUGGCGGGCGGCUGGACUGGGAUUCGCGGGCCAUCGUGGGUGACGACCCCAACUUCCGCGGUCGCGGCAACCGCUCCAGCGGCGAGCACUUUGCGGCGGCGCCCAACAUCGACCACACCCAGGACUUUGUGAAGCGCGACCUGCAGGAGUGGCUGGCCUGGCUGCGCACCCACGCCGGGUUUGAUGGCUGGCGCCUGGACUAUGUGCGCGGGUUUGCGGGGAGCCACGUCAAGGACUACAUGGAGGCAUCCUGCCCGCAGUUUGCAGUCGGCGAGUACUGGGAUGCGCUGGCGUACGAGUGGGACGGCACGCCCAGCCCCAACCAGGACGCGCACCGCCAGCGCACCGUCAACUGGAUCAAGGCUGCCGGGGGGCUCUCAACGGCCUUUGACAUCACGCUCAAGGGCAUCAUGCACGCGGUGUUUGAGCGCUGCGAGUACUGGCGGCUGCGCGAUGGCGAGGGCAGGCCUGCGGGACUGCUGGGCUUCUGGCCCUCCCGCACCGUCACCUUCCUGGAGAACCACGACACGGGCUCCAGCCAGGGGCACUGGCGCUUUCCUGGGCACGCCGUGGAGCAGGGCUACGCCUACAUCCUCACCCACCCGGGCACCCCCUGCGUCUUCUGGGACCACCUGGCCGACCAGCGGCUGAGGGACACCAUCGCGCGCCUCAUCGCCGCCCGCAGGCGCGCCGGCAUCCACUGCCGCAGCAAGAUCACCAUCCUGCGUGCUGAGCGCGACAUGUACGCUGCUGAGGUGGAGGGCAAGGAGGGCAAGACCCUGCUUAUGAAGAUUGGCCCGGGAGACUUCUCACCCGACGGCAGCAAGUGGACUAUCGCCGACUGCGGGCAAAACUGGGGCGUGUGGGAGCGCAAGCAGUGA